AUGAAAUCUAAACACACAACAAAAAACCAUGCGGAGAUUCAAGACGGUGAAGCGGGCAACUCCAAGGGGACAAAGGGAGGUGGGUCGGCAGAGCCCCAAGGAGAGACCCGACGAGACGGAGCCAGGGUGCUGGCUGUGAGAACGCGGAACAAGCCAGGGCCGCGAUCCUCCAAGAGGAUCCAGGAUCUCCCGAUCCCGGACUCAGACUGGUCCGACACGGAGGUAGAAGAGAGGGAGGAUGAUGUCUCCGACACAGAUAGCGAGGUGUCAUCGACCUCUUCCGUGGACCAUAUCACGGGUAAACGGAAGAAGAGAGGGAGGCCCCCAACGACGUUCGAGGGGAUCAAAAAGAAGAAGAGGGAGCAGGUUAAGAGGGGGAUCCGGCUACUCAAAGCCGAAAAAAAGGCACUGGAGGAGGUGGCUAACCCAAAGGUGGCCCCAAGGAGUGCGACGCCGGAGAAGGAGACCAUUCGUCGAAUGGAAACCCUCAGCCAGGAGGAGAUGGCGGCAGAGAUGUUGGAAAACAUCAACGUCGUCGUCAAGGUUGCCGAAAGGUCGUCUAACUUGAAGGGCAUGUACGUUAGGGACCUGAAGGCGUCUUCCGCGACGCUACGAGCGGCGGCAACUGUGGUGGCCACAAAGCCAGCGGGCCCCAACAGCGCGGCAUCGGAAGAGAUAGAGAGGUGGAAAGAGAGGGUCAGGAGCUUGGAAGACCAGGUGGCAAAGCUCACGGCCCUCCUCCAAGAGGAGAGAGCCGCAAGGAUAGCGGCAGAAAAGAAAGCGGAGGAAACGGCCACAGUCAGGGAAACGGACAUGGUCGAGGAAAUGCCUGAGGUAGUGAUGGAGGUGCCCGACGUGCGGCAGGAAGCAAACCAUUCCUCCCAGGCCAGCACACGAGCGCAGGACCAAGGGAGGACAACAAGGCUGGCGAACCAAAGGAAGCCAAAAGCCCAGGGCCGAAAACAAGAGGCCGGCAUCAGGCGAGUCAUGGAGGGAGUCUCCAUAAAGGAGGUAGUCUGUGGGGAUUCAGACAAGGUGAAGCGCAACCUGGAGAACUUAAUCACUAGGUGCCAGGGAGCGCUGAGCCGAAUCCCAACAGGAAAGGGGGAGACUGGGAAGAGACUCCCAGUCGUCACCAGCGUGGAUGAGAUGAAGAACAAGCCAACCACCUCCUGGGCGGAGGUGGUGAGAAAGGGGAGGAAGAAGCCGGAAAAAAAGGAACCAAAUCCGGUGGCAAAAACAGGGAAGCCUGCGACUACGGCGACCAUCAACGGAGCCGAGAAGAAGGGGCAGAAGGAGCAGCCGAAGAGGAGGUUGCCUAAAACCGCUGCGGUGGCGAUCUCAUUCCCGGAGGGUCAGGCUGCUGAGGGGAUGAGAUUCCUAAGGUCCCAGAUCAAACUGGAGGACCUGGGAAUAGACAAGGUCAAGAGCAGGAAAGCCUUGAACGGAGCUACCCUGCUCGAGAUAUCUGGAGGUGCCGAGGCCAAGGUCAGGGCAGACGCGCUUGCCACCACAAUAAAAACAGUUGGGGAGGGCAAAGGCGUCAAGGUCACCCGCCCCGAAAAAAGGGCGGAGAUCAGGAUUAAAGACCUAGACGAAUCCGUCUCGGAAGAGGAAAUUCGGGCCGCGGUGACGAAGGCUGGUGGUGGGCUCCCGGACGAUGUAAAGGUGGGCCCCAUCCGGCGGACCCCUGGCGGAAUGGGCACGUGCUGGAUACAGUGUGGACUCGAGGUGGCGAGAAGAACAGCUGAGGCGAAAAGGAUAAGGCUGGGCUGGGUGUUGUGCAGGGUGGAACUGCUCGACCCCCGCCCGUUAGUGUGCUUCAGGUGCCUGGAGAGGGGGCACAUUAGAGCGCAAUGCAGGAGCAGCACCGACAGGAGCAUGCUUUGCUACCGGUGCGGCAAAGAAGGGCAUAAGGCGCAGGGAUGUACCGAAACCCCUGAUUGCGCAGUAUGCAAAGGGAGACCACAAGGCUGGAGGGGCGGCGUGUCGACUCCCGAGCAAAAACGAGAGGAAGAGGGCAGCCAGAAAGACCUGGCGGAGCGUGGUUGCGGACUUGGCAUCGUCGCUGAGCCGUACCGUGUUCCUAAGAACCCCUGUUGGGCGGGGAGCACGGACGGUUCGGCGGCGAUCGUGUGGAGGAGAACGGGGGAGCAGGCUCCCCCCUUCUCGAGACUCAAGGCCGGGGAGGGCUGGGUGGCGGUCAAAUGGGGGCCCCUAUUUGUAAUAGGGGUCUACCUGAGGCCUAGCCUUACCCGUGCCGAAGCGGACGCGAGACUGGAGGAGCUGGAGGAUUUGGUCCGGGAGUAUCUCCCCGGACCAAUUCUGGUCGCCGGGGACUUCAAUGCCAAAUCGGCACUUUGGGGUUCCCGGCGGCCAGAUGCCAAGGGGGCAGACGUGGAGGCCUGGGCCGCGCGCCUAGGCCUCCACUUAGAAAAUGUAGGGAGCGUUAGCACCUGCGUAAGGCCGCAGGGGGAGUCAAUCGUCGACUUGACGUGGACUUCCCCUGCGGCCGCGAGGAGGAUAAGUGGAUGGGAGGUGGCGGAAGGCCUUGAGUUGCUUUCCGACCACCUUCCCAUCCAUAUAAAGUUCACUUGGGAGAACGAGAGGAGGAGUCUGCAACAGCGAAUGGUCAGGUGGAGAGCGGACAAGCUGGACCCGGAUAAGCUCAAGGAGUCCCUAAUUGCGGCACUGUGGGCGCAGCCGGACCCUGCGCCCACAGUGGAAGAGGAGGCCAGAUGGGUACAGCGGGUGCUGAUAGACGCGCUGAGGAAAUCCUCGGUGGCCGCCAGGAGAGCCGUCCUGCGGGCUAGAAGGAGGAGAGGAACUCCACCUGCGGAGGAGGAGAGGCUCGUGGAGGAGUACCGCCAAAGAAGGAAAGCGUUGCGGGCGGCAAUUAGAACUGCCAAGGAGAAAGCGUGGGAGGAGCUGAUUAGCUCCCUUAACGAGGACCCUUGGGGGCGCCCCUAUAAACUUGUAAUGAACAAGUUGAGUUCGGGGGCACCUCCGACGGUGGAGAAUUUGGACCCACGCUUUCUCCAAGAGGUGGUGGAAGCCCUAUUCCCAGCGGGGGACGAUGGCGGUCCUCCUCCACGGGAUGCGGAGCACGGGGAGGAGCAUCAGCCCUGGCAGGAGGAGCUGGGGAUUACCCGGACGGAGCUGGCGCGAGCGGCUAAGAAGCUCAAGAAGGGCAAGGCGCCGGGUCCGGACGGGGUCCCCGGCAUAAUUUUGAAGGCAGCCCUGGGGGAGCUCUCCGACAGACUGGAGGGGUUGUAUACCCGGUGUCUGGAGGGGGGCAUCUUCCCGGGGCUGUGGAAGAAGGCGAGGCUGGUGCUCCUCCCCAAAGAGGAUGUGGAAGAAGUCACUUUGACUGAACAAUCUCUUUCUAUUGCUGUUCAGUGUGAUUUACUGAAUAACAAAGAGAAUAGUGCACCACAGGUUGAAAAACGUGAUGCUGAAACUAACACUGAACAUAUAUCUAAUAAUGUUUUAAGAAUUGUGGGAGGAAGGGGAAAAGAUGGCGAGGAGAAAAGAGGUUGGUGA